GCCGCCGCCGCGGAGGAUGGAGGCGCCGGCGCUGCGGGGCUUCCCCGAGGAGCAGUUUCGGGCCGCCUGCCGGGAGCUGGACCAGCCGGCGCCGGCGGCGGACGGGCCCUGGCAGCUCCUGGUGGACAGCAUGGGCGUGCGGAUCUACCGGCUGUACGACGAGCAAUCAGGACUUUAUGAAUAUAAAAUCUUUGGUGGUCUUGCUGACUGCUCCCCAAAGCUGUGCGUGGAUGUCUAUAUGGACUUGGAUUUCAGAAAGCAGUGGGAUCAGUAUGUUAAAGAACUGCAUGAGAAAACAUAUGAUGGUGAAAAUGUAAUCUACUGGGAAGUGAAGUACCCUUUCCCCCUCUCAAACAGAGAUUAUGUCUAUAUCCGUGAAUGCCGAGAGAUGGAUGUUGCUGGGCGGAAGGUCUGGGUUGUGUUAGCUCGGAGUGUGUCUGUUCCUCAGUGCCCUGAGAAGCCCGGUAUUAUCAGAGUUAAAAACUACAAACAAAGCCUGGCAAUUGAAAGUGAUGGCAAGACUGGAUCAAAAGUGUAUAUGUACUAUUUUGAUAAUCCUGGUGGCAUGAUUCCAUCGUGGCUGGUCAAUUGGGCUGCCAAGGUAAGUAAAGGCUGACAGCACAAUUGUCUUUGGCUAAUCUGUUUCAAACAGUGCAUUCACUCCAUCAUACCUUCUCCUGCAUGGUGGGUAGAAUUAUUUUCUUUCUGAAAUUGAUGUACUAACCUAUGUAACAGAGUCCCAUUUUUUAGAGAAUCGCUAUUGUCUGCUCUCACUGCAGUUGUCUUUAUAUUUGGUUUUGGUUUUUAAAGUCCUAUCAAAUCCCCUUGGUUAGUCAACCAGACAGUUACAUUUCUGCAACAAACCCAAGCAACACAUCUUCCAGAGCAUAUGUGAAUAGCCUUAACACAAGGAAACUUCAAUAAUGCAGACUGUUCAUGAAGUAUGAAAGGAAUGGUCUGCUGCCUUGUACCACAUCUAGAAUUGUCCUGAAUUAGUUAAAGGCUUUUAUCUAUGGAGGGGGAAUUCUUAUUCUGCUUAUAGUUUUUCUUGACUCCAUUAUGCAAGAAUGAC